UAACCCUGUUUCUGCUUCAAUUUGUGUUCUUCUUCAUGAAUCACUGGUUCUCAAUAAACCCAUUUUCAUAUUUCUUCAAUUCCUUUGUCACUUUAAACCACUAAAACCAGGAAAAAAAAUUUAAAAAAAAAAAACUGAAGAGAGAAGGAUGAGUAUAAUAACAUUGCCACCAGGAAUGGCUAAGGGGUUCAGAUUCCAUCCCACAGAUGAGGAACUCAUCACCGAUUACUUGAGGCCCAAGCUUCUUGGAAGAGAUUCCGACGUCGAUGACGUCAUCGCCGAGGUCGAUUUCUGCAAGUUCGAGCCUUGGGAUUUACCUUCGCAAUCGAAGAUAAAGUCGAAAGAUCGGAUGUGGUUGUUCUUCUGCAAACGGGAUUACAAGUACCCAAGCAGUAAACGGUCGAAAAGGACGACCAAAGAAGGGUUCUGGAAGAUCACAGGAAAGGAACGGAUGAUAAAGGAUCAAGAAACGAAGAAGUGCAUUGGAAAGAAGAGGACUUUGGUGUUCCACAAGGGUCCCACUCCUGGCCAAAGGACCAACUGGGUCAUGCAUGAAUACUACAUUGAACCUCAUAAUCUCCUCCCCAACCAGCGGUCCUAUGUUCUUUGCCGCUUGAAGGAAAAAGCGAAUGACAAGGCUAAUACUCCAGACAGCGGAGAAGGCAAUCGAAGCGCGUCUGAAGCUGAAAAUCCUGUAACACCUGCUGCAAUUCCAUCGGCGGCACAUGGUAAUGAAGUGAAUCAGGAAUCGUUCUCACAGUCACUGCAAUCACCUGUUUUCACAAACGAGGAGAUCAGUUUACCAUCACCGGUUGGCUCUUCACGCGACCGAAAUGGGAUGCAAGCUCCGUACGGAGCUGGUGAACCAGAAGAGCCUCCGGAAGAGAUGGUGGAUAGACUUAUUGCUGACUCAGAUGCUGACCCCUAUCCGAAAUACUAUUGGGAAUCGGCAUAUAAUCCUUUCAAUGACCGCAUCCCGCAAGCAUCAUCCUGGAGUCCGUAUUAUGUGGAUGGUCUGGUCAGAAGUGACACGAACACUGAAGGAGUCAACGAACAGAAACAUUCAAGCUUGUUCAAUUCACCAGCUGGUUCAAACAAAUUCAGACAUUUACAAAUGGAUGAAACAACUUGUGGUGAACUACAAUGCUGUUACGUUUCCAUUCGUGAUCAGUUCUCCGAAGAGGAUGAUUCCUAUGUCAAUAUUGCAUCCGGAGGAUUUUCCACGGAGGAAAGUCCAAACUACGUCCCUUUUAGUAGGCGACGUUGUCAGAGAAGAAUUCAACUGCAGGAUAGAGAUUCAUCCACAGCAAUAUCUCGAAACAAGGUUAGAGAAUCCGAGACACAUAAUUCACUUUCCCUGUCAGAAUACUGCUUCUUUCCGGUACACGUUAUCGUGGUUUUGCUGGCAGCUUUCUUUCUCCUGGUGCAAGAAGCCAGAAGAAAAAAGAGUUCAUUUAAACUGUUCUGUUCUGUUCUGUUCUAUUCUGUUCUGUUUUGUUCUUCUUGGUGUAAAGUGAAAGUCCCACGGCACAUAUGUUGCGGUGAAUGAUGAAAUCGCAUCGCUAUUUCUUCUAUUUUCAUGACAAUGGCGUCUUCAUAUAAUCGAGUAUAAAAGGCUUGUCAAAUGCUCAAUGACAAAUAACUCCUUGUAGAUUCUAGCACCUUCGCCACGUCAUGGCAAGGGUUUUGUUAUUUUGUCCAGAUGCAUUAGUCAAGAAAUUCUCUCUUUAUUCUU